GCUGAUUUUUAUUUUUAAACAAAAGUUAGGAUCUUGAGUUCACUGCCUGAAAGGAUGCCUCAGGCAUAUUUGGUGGUGCAUUACAGGAUAGAACUGAGUAGAAGUGGGAUGGGGAAGAAAUGAGAGCUAUGGAAGGAACAAACAGGGCUGUGGAAAGCUCAUUCAAAAAGGAAGAUGUGCAGUCGGCUUAAUGAUCACCACUUGUCCUGUUCUGUGAUGUAACCAAGGUUGCCAAUCAGAAAACCAAAUCUUGUUACGUAAAUAGAACCAUUUCCCACCUCUACUCUGACUGAAUUUGCUUUUGAUCAGAACAAAUAACUUAAUUGAGAACUUACAGGUAACAAUGGCAGACUCCGAAAGUGUGAGGAUUGCUCCGGAAAUGCCGGCCAUGUUUGAUGGGAUGAAGCUGGCAGCAGUCGCUGCAGUGUUGUACAUCAUUGUAAGAUGCCUGAAUCUCAAGAGCCCAACUGCUUCUCCAGACCUGACAUUCCAGGACACUCCGCUAACUCGAUUUCUGCUGAAAUCAUGCCCACUGCUGACCAAAGAAUAUAUUCCGCCCCUCAUCUGGGGAAAGAGUGGACAUGUGCAGACAGCAUUGUAUGGUAAAAUGGGACGUGUAAGCUCUCCCCAUCCCUAUGGUCUACGCAAGUAUCUUCCCAUGCCUGAUGGAGCUACUGCUACGUGGGACCUUUUUGAGCCUAUGGCAGAGCACAACACUGGAGAGGAUAUUACUAUGGUGAUUUGUCCUGGGAUAGCUAAUCACAGUGAAAAGCAGUACAUUCGGACAUUUGUCGAUUAUGCCCAGAGGAAUGGAUACCGCUGUGCUGUUCUCAAUCAUCUCGGUGCUUUGCCUAAUAUUGAACUUACUUCUCCUCGUAUGUUUACAUAUGGUUGUACAUGGGAAUUUGGCGCCAUGGUGAACAACAUAAAGAAAGCAUUCCCUCAGACCCAGCUGGUGGUUGUGGGGUUCAGCCUGGGUGGAAACAUAGUUUGCAAAUUUCUUGGAGAGGAUCAAGUGAACCAGGAAAAUGUUCUUUGUUGCAUCAGCGUGUGUCAAGGCUACAGCGCACUACGGGCACAGGAAACUUUCCUCCAAUGGGACCAGUGUCGGAGGUUUUACAACUUCCUAAUGGCAGACAACAUGAAAAAGAUUAUUUUAUUUCACAGAAAAAUAUUGUUUGGAGAGAAUGGGUGCAAAUCGCCUAAUGCUCUAGUAGAUGUGGAUCUUAGCAAACUUUACACAGCAACCUCACUGAUGCAUAUUGAUGAUAACAUCAUGAGGAAAUUCCAUGGCUAUGACACGCUGAAAGAAUAUUACGAGCAAGAAAGCUGUAUGCACUAUCUUCACAAUAUACAGAUUCCUCUACUGCUAGUGAAUGCUCAAGAUGACCCUCUAGUGCAUGAAAGCUUGCUGACCAUUCCUCGUUCACUUGCAGAGAAAAAAGAAAAUGUCAUGUUUGUGCUAACACUCCACGGUGGGCACCUCGGAUUCUUUGAAGGGGCGGUGCUUUUCCCAAAACCUUUAACUUGGAUGGAUAAACUUAUUCUUGAAUACGCAAACGCUAUAUGUCACUGGGAGAAGAACAAGCCCCAAUGUACAGCAUCAUCAGAUCAGAACUGUUCAGACCACAGCGAGUAGCCACUGUACAAACCUUAUUUGCCAAAAUCUUCAAUCAUUCGGUCCCUUUAUUAUCAUUACAUUCCUGGCUUGGGUUUGGUAAUCCUAAAACACCUCCCUGCUGUAAAUGUAGUUCACCCAGCCAAGUUAUUCUCUUAUCACAACUGUUUAAGAGUGAUUGCAAGACCCUUUAUGUCUUUUUUCCGUGAAGGAAACUUUGAGUGCACAAGACAUGGCAAUUCACCGUGCUUGACAAUAACUUGGUUUUCUAGUCACCGGGACAUGGAACAAGAAUUGCCGUUAUCGCAAGAGAUCUGCUGUCAGUAUGAGCAAAUGAGCCAGCAUUUAGAGGUCCCAGAAAAAUUUUCAGGAGUUUGUUUGUUGAAAACUUGUGCCUUCUGAUAUAUAUUUUUAAGUUAUGGUUGACAAAUACAUUUAUUUUUCUGCCCCAGAUAGAGUUCCAUCAUUUGUUUUGUGAUCUUUUGAUCAGAUUAAGCGCAGCAGUGCUUGAACUAAAAAAGAAAUAAAUGUAGGCAAUUAAGUC